AUGAAGUUUGGAAGGAAUAAAUCUAGGCGCAGGGUGAUUUUAAAAAUAGUGUUUGUCUGGCUGCUAUCAAUAGCAAUGAGUUUGCCACUGAGUUUGAUGUAUUCACAAGACCAAGGAUCUCUUAUAAUUGAGGGCACCUGCCAAAUUCCUGACCCACUGUAUAAACUUAUAGGGUCCAUAAUAUGCUUUUAUAUUCCGCUGAUGGUUAUGCUAGUCACCUAUGCGUUAACAGUCAGGCUACUUGCCAAUCAAAAACAGAAAUUAGGAACGCCGAAUUGGUCUAGUAAUUGGAUGGGAUCGGCAUCUACACCUCUUGAGCGAAGAUGUACAUGGCGAAGGCUUCUAAAAGCGACAUCACGUGGCGGAAAAUUAUCAACUAUGUCGACACCGCAACACGGCCAUUCGGCUGGUUCAACGGACACAGAAUUGACUACGUUGGAUACUCAUGAGCUCUGGAUUCAAGAAUCGGAUCCCGUUCCAUGCACUAUGUCAGCGCUGGGUCAAUUUGGUGCUGAAAUGUUGAAGCUGUCCCGAGGACUUCAAGACGCAGCAGGUGCUGUCGCUGCUUCAAAUAUCAAUUCCGUAGGAAUGAAUUCCGGGUUGUCACCAGCGAAAUGCUAUACAAAAUCAGGGUAA